AUGUUGCAGAGCCAGCCCUUGGCCGACGUCAAGGGCCGGCUCCGGAUCCGCAGCCACCUGGCCCGGCAGUGCCUGGCAGAGUUUCUGGGUGUAUUUGUGCUCAUGUUGCUCACCCAGGGGGCUGGAGCCCAGGCUGUCACCAGUGGAGAAACGAAAGGCAACUUCUUCACCAUGUUUCUGGCUGGCUCUCUGGCCGUGACCAUAGCCAUCUACGUGGGUGGGAACGUUUCAGGGGCCCACCUGAACCCAGCCUUCUCCCUGGCCAUGUGCCUGCUGGGACGCCUCCCCUGGGCCAAGUUCCCCGUUUACUGCUUGGUGCAGCUUCUGUCUGCUUUCUGUGCCUCUGGAGCCACCUAUGCUGUCUACUACGAUGCCCUACAGAACUACACAGGCGGGAACCUGACAGUGACUGGCCCCAAGGAGACCGCCUCCAUCUUUGCCACCUAUCCUGCCCCUUACCUGUCCCUGAACAAUGGCUUCCUGGAUCAGGUGCUGGGCACGGGGAUCCUGAUUGUGGGGAUCCUGGCCAUCCUGGACACACGGAACAAGGGAGUGCCUGCAGGUCUGGAGCCUGUGGCUGUGGGGCUGCUGAUCCUGGCCAUCGGGCUAUCCCUGGGUGCCAACUGUGGGUUCCCACUCAACCCUGCCCGGGACCUGGGCCCACGGCUUUUCACCUACGUGGCUGGCUGGGGCCCUGACGUCUUCAGUGCUGGUAAUGGCUGGUGGUGGGUGCCUGUGGUGGCCCCUCUGGUGGGGGCGACUCUUGGCACAGCCACGUACCAGCUGCUGGUGGCUCUCCACCACCCCGAGGAGAAGUCAGAGCCGGCUCAGGAUCUAGAGUUUGCCCAACAUACAGCCUGA